UACCCGUAUUCAUAUCCGUCGGAUUUUUAUUUUCUAUACCCAUAACCGAAUCCAUAUCCGUUUAGCUCGAACAAAUCCGUCCCGUUUAGGUUCAAAUUCGGGUAUCCCUACCUAUUGACAUCCCUAUGCAGAUGCUUCAACCAAAGCGCUGUAAACCGAAGCGCUUUUGAAUUCAUUUUUAAAAAUGCUCGGCCACUGUUUACUAACUACUCUGCGCGGCUUCAACUGUCGCAGACCACGCUCACUCCUCCUCCACCAUCACCACCACCCAACCCUCUCCUCAUCCUCCUCCUCCUCCACCCAAUGCCCCAACCCCUCCAUGGCCCUUCCCUCUCCGCAAAACCCUACCCAACGCAUCUCCUCCGCCGCCGAGCUCAAGCUCAUCCACCGCCACUGCCGAGCCGGGCAAGUCGCCACCGCGCGCUACCUGUUCGACGAAAUGCCCGAGAGAAACGUCGUCGCGUAUUCGACAAUGAUCUAUGGCUACGCAACCAAUGGGCGCUUCUCGCAAUGCGCCCGCCUCUUCGCCCGCAUGAUCGAGCGGGGUGUGCCCCCGAAUUCCUUCACGAUGGUCGCCGUGCUCGUCGGCGCGGCGGGGCUGGGGGACGCGAGUUUCGCGGGGUCAGUUCAUGGGAGAAUUGUCAAAGACGGGUUGGGAUCGAAUCCAUUUGUGGGGACGGCGUUGUUGGAUUCGUACGCGAAAUGUGGCCGGCCGAUGGAUUCGUACGCUUUGUUGAAUGAUACGGCCGGGCCGAGCUUGGUUAUGUGCAAUGCUAUGAUUGCUGGGUUUGCUCAUAAUGAGCUGUUCGAAGAAGCUCUUUUGCUCUCUAAGAAGCUUUGGGUAUUCGAUCUAUUACCCAAUUCCGUCACGGUGAUAACUGUUGUUCCGGCUUGUAUCAGCUAUGGCUUGGUCGCGCUCUGCGAGAGUCUACAUAGUUACGUGAUCAAAAUUGGGCUUGAAUUGGAUCAAUCGGUGAUGAACUCCAUAUUUAACAUGAAUCUCAGUUUUGGGAAUCUCAAGACCGCGAUGAUGUGCUUCAGAAAGCUGGAAAUCGUUGAUGUUGUUACUUACACUAUGAUGAUGGGCUUUUUGGUAGAACUCGAAUCCCCCAUUGAAGCCCUCAAUAUGUUUGUCGAAAUGACAACUAAUAGAAUUGAGCCUGAUAUGGUGACCAUGCUAAAUAUGGUAAUGGCUUGUACCCUCCUGGGUGAUGCGAGCAGAGGAAGGUUGAUUCAUAACCAGAUAAUUGUUCGUGGGUUUAAGUCAGGGGUUCCUAUCAUGAAUUCUCUCAUCACAAUGUACUCCAAAUUUGGGGAUUUAAACUCUUCAAGAACUUUGUUUGAUUGUAUAGAGAAGAAGAGUUUGGUUUCGUGGACUGCAAUAAUAUCAUGUUAUGUGAAAAAUGGAAAACCUAUCGAAGGGCUCCAGUUGCUCAGCAAAAUGAGAAAAGAAGAGGAUUUUGUCAUCGAUUCGGUCACAAUGGUCGGUAUACUCAUGGCUUGUUCCGAGCUUGCAAAUUUUGAUAUAUCUAAACAAUUCCAUGCAUACACUCUUAAAUCGGGCUUGUCUUUAUACAAAUCUGUCCAGAACUCUCUGGUGGCUUUAUAUGGAAAAUGUGGUUAUGUUGUUCUAGCACGUAGAAUAUUUGAUGGGAUGAUUUCUCAGGAUGCAGUCUCGUGGAAUUCUAUGAUACUAUCAUACGGUUUAAAUGGCGAGGGGGAAGAAGCGCUUUUGCUUUUCUAUGAUAAGGAGAAGUAUGGUGAAAAGCCGGAUAGUGUAACAUACUUGAACACACUGAUGGCUUGCAGCCACUCAGGUUUGGUCGAUGAAGGGCUAAUUAUUUUCAGAAAAAUGAUUAAAGAGAAGGGUAUUAAGAUGAGAGGAGAGCAUGUUGGGUGUAUGGUGGACAUGCUUGCACGAGCUGGUCGGUUGGAUGAUGCUCGAGAGCUAAUAUCCGCAAUUCAGGACGAUGCUAAUCUAAAUGCUCUGAAGGCUCUUUUAAGAGGGUGUUAUUUGUAUGGAAAUAUAAAUCUGGUAGAAGAUGUGGGUCAGAAGGUGCUUCAAACAGAAUCGAGUGAUUUUGGAAAUGCGGUUCUAGUUUCUAAUGCUUAUGCUUCCUUUGGGAAGUUUGAGGUUGUUGAAUCUUUGAGAUCCAAUCUUGAGAAGAAGGGUCCGACUAAGAACCUUGGCCUCAGUUUGCUGGAUUCUAUGGCGCGUGAAGUUGAAGUUAGUUAGAGAGCAUGAUGUCAUUUUUUGAGCCAUUGGUGGUCCUGUUUGGUUAAGUUGGAGCUCAUGCAACCGUGUUGCUUGAGUAGAACUAUAUCAAAGCAGAAGCUUUAAAUUUGAGCUUUUCAUUUUUGGGGUCUACAAGUUUGUUUUCACUUUCAGAAAGAGCAGAAGGUACUAGGUUUUUUUUCUUUCUAAAUGCUUGCCUCUUUCUUUUGGAAGUAGAAAAGAUGUUCCAGAAGCCAAGCCAAACAUGCAUUAUAUGGUUGACAUUCUCAUAAGACUACAAAAGCUUAAACAGAGACAUUGAUCCAUCUCUUGAAAUACUUGAGUAAAAGAAGUUAGUCAAGAAAGUGGUCAAGGAAAAAGCAGAAUUUUGGUGCCGUGAUGUCAUGUAUAUACAAGAAGCUGAUUCAUUCAUGUCUAUCUAGACCCUUCUGGUUUUCAUCCAAGAAACCUUUGGUAAUGCGGCACGGUGAAGUCAUUCUAUUGCAAAGCUUUAAUGGUCGUCCCGUUGUCUGCUCGAACCUAAAGCCUUUGCAGGUCAUACUCUAAUGAGUCUGUUGACAUCUACUUGAUGCAAUAAGCUAAUAGACUACGGGAAGAGAAAACCAGCAUAGGACUUACUGAUGGAGUCGAGCAUAUAUGUGUUGCCGGAGGAUCCUCGGUAUUAACUGGAGGGAGCCCAUCAUUGAGGAAUCCUAUAAGAGACUAUCUCACGAUCUCCAGGUAUGCAGCACAACAGAAAGGCAACUCAAAUUGCCCCUUUUGUUUGGCCAAGCACAGUAGGAAGAACUUUAUGGUCAGCACAACAAAAAGGCAACUCAAAUUGCCCCUUUUGUUUGGGCAAGCACAGUAGGAAGAACUUAUGGUUGUUGUUCUGGUCUAACUGGGUUUUCCUAGGAUAACUUGGGUAUUCCUAUAUCAUCCAAUCCUUAAUAAGAGUUGUGAUAUAUUCAUCACUUUAUCCCUUGAUAUUCCCAAAUAUUGUUAUCAUCAAUGUUGGUGUUGUAGUCAUCAUUUAUUCCUAUAGCCUGUGCUUGUCCCUUAUCAUUACUCCUGUUGCCCGAAAUCAAGCACUUGGUUGUUCUUAUCCAAGGAUACUCAGAUAAUUUAGGCCUUGUUAGGACGUUAGAACAAGGUAUCCAGAAACUUACUGCGUGUGAAGAUUUUCAUGUGUGAUGGCAAGCGAAUUGUUUGAUUUUUGCUCCUUGCAUAUUCUUGGCAUCCAUGAUUUGAUAGAUUAGUAUAUUUCACCUAUGAGAUGAUUUAUCUUAUUAUGGAAAAAAUAACUUGAAAGUCGAAUAUGGUAUCCAUUCUAGAAAUUCAAUCACAAUCCCCAUUUGCCAUGUACCACAUGCUUCUUUAGUAAAUCACAGAGAUAUACUGCAUAAAAUGUGUAUGCAUCAACCUGGGCCUUAGGGAUAAAGAAAAAGUCAUCCCCAUAAAAUUUGUCCCUAAACCAAAUGCACUUAUAGCCUGGUCAUUCUUGCUUCUCCAUUAGCCAUGGGCAUUUUGAUUCGAGGCCUAUUGAACCAAACUUUUCUUAUGAACAAUAAAACGUGGCCUUCAGAUUUAUUCUCUCAAAAAAUACAGAAUACACAUGGUGAAUGGGAGAGAGAAGAGCUUAAAAGAGAUUCUAAGUCGCCGAUUGUGGAAAGUCGUAAAAUUUUGAAAGCGAGCAAUGUGUUUUCUAUUCCCCAGUCUUCCCUUUAUGAAUUUCUUUGCUUACUGUGGAUUGUUACAGUUGACUUUGCCAACUAUGGUUAGCCAAUUGAAAUCUUUGU